UCACAUCCACAAUACUCAUCACAGCUCUACAUAAUCAAUCACCUUUAAAGCUCUCAUAUUUUUCUGUUUAUCACAUCUCGUUUUAACUGUUCAGGCGACAACUAUCACUAUGGCGGAAGAGUACAAGAACGCUUCGGAGGAGUUCAAGAACGAGACCCCAAAGGUUGCCACCACCGAGGAAUCAUCUGCGACGACGACGACGACGGGAGAGGUUAAGGAUCGUGGAUUGUUUGACUUCCUCAAGAAAAAAGAGGAAGUGAAGCCUCAAGAAACGUCGACGACGCUGGAGUCAGAGUUCGAGCACAAGGCUCAGGUCUCGGAACAGCCGCCGGCGUUUGUGGCGAAGCACGAAGAAGAGGAAGAGAAGGAACACAAGCCUACUCUCCUCGAGAAGCUCCACCAGAAGCACGAGGAAGAAGAAGAAGAGAACAAACCUAGUCUCCUCCAAAAGCUUCACCGAUCCAACAGCUCUUCUUCCUCUUCAAGCGAGGAAGAAGGUGAAGACGGCGAGAAGAGGAAGAAGGAAAAGAAGAAGAAGAUGGCCGAAGAAGAUGAGAAAAUAAAGGAAGAUAGAAAGGAUGUAAUGGAGCAGAUAAGGGAGAAGUUUCCACACGGAACAAAGACAGAGGAUGAUACUCCAGUCAUCGCCAACCUGCCGGUGAAGGAGGAAACGGUAGAGCAUCCGGAGGAGAAGAAAGGACUGAUGGAGAAGAUCAAGGAGAAGCUUCCAGGUCACAGCGAGAAACCAGAGGAUUCUCAAGUGGUCGACACGGGGGCUGCGGUACCAGUGACUGAGGAAACGGCUGAGCAUCCGGAAGAGAAGAAAGGGCUUCUUGAGAAGAUCAAAGAGAAGCUUCCAGGUUAUCACGCCAAGGGUACUGAAGAGGAGGAGAAGAAGAAAGAAAAGGAGUCCGAUGAUUAAGAAGAAAAUAUGAAAAAAAAUAAUGAUGUGGGAGUGGGACAUUUGCUGUGUUUCUUUGAUGGUUUUCUCUUUUUAUCUUUAUGAUGUUCUUGUAAGAUUUGUGUCUUUCGUUGAUUUGCAUUUGCCCAUUUGUAUUGUAAUUUCAUUAUCUUUUUUAUAAAGUUUGUAUUAUGUUUCUAAGUAA